UGAAGCUACCACUACCCUGAGCGGAUAGGGAGGGGAAGUUAGAAAAAAAAGGUCGCUAACUGCCCUUUCUCCCUUGCCCUGUUUCUUGGAAUAAUUGAAAUCACCACAAAAUCGCUUCAUUGAAUUUCCAAGGGGACUGUCGGCGGCACUGUUAACUGCGCGCUCAGGGAGAAGAAGAAAGCCAGAAUUCAUCAACUGACAGUGCUGCCAGUACAGUUUACAGGUGUGAGUUGGGUGGCCGUGAAGAACCGACAUCAUGGUGGCCUUGUCAUUAAAGAUCGGUGUGGGCAAUGUGGUCAAGACCAUGCAGUUUGAGCCCUCCACCAUGGUGUACGAUGCCUGCCGCAUCAUCAGGGAGCGAGUUACGGAGGCGCAACUUGGACAGCCCAAUGACUAUGGACUAUUUCUCUCUGAUGAAGACCCCAAAAAAGGCAUUUGGCUGGAGGCUGGAAAAGCCCUAGACUACUACAUGUUGAGGAAUGGGGACACUCUGGAGUACAAAAAGAAGCAGAGGCCUCUGAAGAUUCGUAUGCUGGAUGGCACUGUAAAGACUGUCAUGGUGGAUGAUUCCAAGAUCGUCAGCGACAUGCUCAUGACCAUCUGUGCCAGAAUAGGCAUUACAAAUUAUGACGAGUACUCCCUGGUGCGAGACAUUGGUGAGGAGAAGAAGGAGGAGACCACAGGCACUCUUAAAAGAGACAAAACACUGCUCCGAGAUGACAAGAAGAUGGAGAAAUUAAAGCAGAAGCUCCAUACAGAUGAUGAAUUAAACUGGUUGGACCAUGGGCGGACUUUGAGAGAACAAGGUGUUGAAGAGACAGAAAUGUUGUUGCUGAGGAGGAAGUUCUUCUAUUCAGAUCAGAACGUUGACUCCAGAGACCCCGUACAGCUCAACCUUCUCUAUGUACAGGCUCGUGAUGACAUUCUAAAUGGGUCUCAUCCAGUCUCCUUUGACAAGGCUUGUGAGUUUGCCGGUUAUCAGUGUCAGAUCCAGUUUGGUGACCACAACGAGUCGAAACACAAGCCUGGAUUCUUAGAUUUAAAAGAGUUUCUUCCCAAAGAGUACAUCAAACACAAAGGAGAGAAAAAGAUCUUCCAGGCACACAAAAACUGCCAAAACAUGACCGAGAUCGAGGCCAAAGUCAGCUAUGUGAAGCAAGCCAGGUCUCUUAAAACCUACGGCGUGUCCUUUUUUUUGGUCAAGGAGAAGAUGAAGGGCAAGAACAAAUUGGUGCCACGUCUCCUGGGCAUCACCAAAGAGAGCGUGAUGAGGGUGGAUGAGAAAACAAAGGAGGUGAUCCAGGAGUGGAACCUGACCAAUAUCAAACGUUGGGCUGCUUCACCCAAGAGUUUCACUCUGGAUUUUGGAGAUUAUCAGGAUGGCUACUACUCAGUGCAGACCACCGAGGGAGAGCAAAUAGCUCAGCUUAUUGCUGGUUACAUCGACAUCAUCCUGAAGAAGAAAAAAAGCAAAGACCACUUUGGGCUGGAGGGAGAUGAAGAGUCAACGAUGCUGGAGGACUCCGUGUCCCCUAAAAAGUCAACAGUGUUGCAGCAGCAGUUCAACAAAGUGGGUAGGGUCGAGACGGGCUCAGUGGCCCUGCCAGCCAUCAUGCGCUCGGGAGCCGGCGGUCCCGAGAGUUUCCAGAUGGGCUCAAUGCCUCAGGCCAAGCAGCACAUCACCAGUGGACAGAUGCACAGAGGACAUAUGCCCCCACUGACUUCAGCUCAGCAAGCCCUGACUGGUACCAUCAAUUCCAGUAUGCACGCUGUCCAGGCUGCUCAGGCCUCUUUGGAUGACUUUGAUACCCUGCCACCACUGGGAACAGAUGCUGCAUCCCAAGCCUGGCGUAAAAACAAGAUGGACGAGUCGAAACACGAGAUCCAUUCUCAGGUGGAUGCGAUUACAGCGGGCACUGCCUCCAUGGUUAACCUCACAGCAGGUGACCCAGCAGAGACAGACUACACAGCAGUGGGCUGUGCUGUGACCACCAUCUCCUCCAACCUCACGGAGAUGUCAAAGGGUGUCAAACUGUUGGCAGCACUCAUGGAGGAUGAAGGAGGAAAUGGACAGCAGCUGCUAGGUGCUGCCAAAAACCUGGCUUGUGCUGUCUCUGACAUGCUGAAGACUGCGCAGCCAGCAAACACAGAGCCUCGUCAGAAUCUACUGCAAGCUGCGGGAAAUGUGGGUCAGGCCAGUGGAGAGCUCCUGUCACACAUCGGAGAGACGGACACUGAUCCACAGUUCCAGUUUCUAGGUAAAGGAUCUUUCAGGUCUGCCAGAUGGAGAGUGCCUUCUUAUUGUCAAAUGAUGGAUAUGCUGAUGCAGCUGGCUAAAGCGGUGGCUAAUGCCGCAGCAGCCCUUGUGCUCAAAGCUAAAAACGUGGCCCAGAAGACAGAGGACUCCGUCCAGCAGAACAGAGUUAUUGCCGCAGCCACCCAGUGUGCUUUGUCCACGUCUCAGCUGGUGGCCUGCACAAGGGUGGUGGCUCCAACCAUCAGCUCGCCAGUUUGCCAGGAACAGCUGAUAGAGGCAGGCAAGCUGGUGGCCAAGUCAGUAGAAGGUUGCGUGGAUGCCUCGCAGGGGGCCACAAACGAUGAGGGACUCCUGAAGCAGGUGGGCGUGGCCGCAACAGGCGUCACCCAGGCAUUAAACGAGCUACUUCAGCAUAUUAAACAGUACGCCAGUGGAGGUCAUCCUAUUGGACGCCACGGCGAAGCCACCGAUCGCAUUUUGGAUGUCACAGAGAACAUCUUCAGCUCAAUGGGAAAUGCUGGUGAGAUGGUUCGCCAGGCUCGCAUCCUUGCACAGGCCACAUCUGAUCUGGUCAAUGCCAUUAAGAUGGAUGCAGAGGGAGAGUCAGACCUGGAAAAUUCACGAAAGCUCCUGUCAGCUGCCAAGCUUCUGGCUGAUGCUACUGCCAAGAUGGUGGAGGCGGCCAAGGGCGCUGCAGCAAACCCCGACAGUGAAGAGCAGCAGCAGAGGUUGCGAGAGGCGGCAGAAGGUCUACGUAUUGCAACGAAUGCUGCGGCGCAGAAUGCGAUCAAAAAACGUUUGGUCAACAAACUCGAGAACGCAGCAAGACAAGCAGCUGCAGCAGCUACUCAGACAAUAGCUGCAGCCCAGCAUGCUGCCUCAUCCAACAAGAACCAGGCUGCCCAGCAGCAGCUGGUCCAAAGCUGCAAGGUGGUUGCAGAGCAAAUUCCUCAGUUGGUUCAAGGAGUCAGAGGCAGCCAGUCUCAGCCUGACAGCCCCAGCGCUCAGUUGGCCCUCAUCAGUGCAAGCCAGAACUUCCUGCAGCCUGGUGCAAAGAUGGUCACAGCGUCCAAAGCCACAGUUCCCACCAUCAGUGACCAGGCAUCUGCCAUGCAGCUCAGCCAGUGUGCGAAGAACCUUGCAAGUGCCUUGGCUGAGCUCCGCACCGCCUCACAGAAGGCUCAAGAGGCGUGCGGCCCACUGGAGAUCGACAAUGCUCUAUCAGUUGUGAGACGUCUGGAGAAGGAUAUUCAGGAUGCCAAAGCUUCAGCUGAUGAAGGCAAACUCAAACCCCUACCGGGCGAGAAUCUUGAGAAAUGCUCCCAGGACCUUGGCACCAGCACUAAGGCAGUAAGCUCAGCCGUAGCCCAGUUGCUAAGUGAGGCCACCCAGGGCAAUGAGAACUAUACAGGUAUGGCGGCUAGAGAUGUAGCCCAGGCUCUGAAGUCCUUGGCUUCAGCAGCAAGAGGAGUUGCUGCAAGCACAGACGACGCAGGAGCGCGUGCUGCUCUGCUGGACUGCGCCAGUGAUGUCAUGGAUAAAUCAGGCAACUUAAUUGAGGAGACAAAGAAGGCCAUCACCAAGCCAGGAGACCCAGAGAGUCAGCAAAGGCUGGCCCAGGUGGCUAAAGCGGUGUCUCAGGCCUUGAACAGAUGUGUGAACUGCCUCCCUGGUCAGAGAGAUGUGGACAACGCCAUUCGUACCGUGGGUGAAGCCAGCAAAUGUCUACUGGCUGAUUCUUUCCCAUCCAGUGGAAGGAGUUUCCAGGAGGUUCAAGGUCAGCUUAAUGAAGUGGCAGCCAAUCUUAACCAGUCGGCCAAUGAGGUUGUCCAGGCGUCUCGAGCAACCACCCAAGACCUGGCUAGAGCCACCGGCAAGUUCGGAAAGGACUUCAGCAACUUCCUGGAGGCUGGUGUCGACAUGGCAGGAACAUCACAAUCUAAAGAGGACAAGGCACAAGUGGUGUCCAACUUGAAGACUAUCUCAAUGUCAUCCAGCAAACUACUACUUUCAGCCAAAGCACUAUCUACUGACCCCAAUUCCCCCAACCUCAAGAACCAGCUGGCAGCUGCUGCUCGGGCUGUCACAGAUAGCAUCAACCAGCUCAUAACUAUGUGCACUCAGCAGGCUCCAGGUCAGAAGGAAUGUGACAAUGCCCUCAGAGAGCUGGAGUCGGUGAGGGGGAUGCUGGAGAACCCGACAGAAGCUGUCAAUGAGCUCUCCUACUUUGACUGUAUUGACAGCGUCAUGGAAAACUCCAAGAUCCUUGGGGAAUCUAUGGCCGGUAUUUCCCACAAUGCCAAAAACUCCAACCUGCCAGAGUUUGGCGACUCAGUCAGUUCGGGCUCCAAGGCCCUGUGCGGUUUGACUGAAGCUGCAGCACAGGCUGCCUAUCUGGUUGGAGUAUCCGACCCUAACAGUACAGCGGGUCAGAAGGGUCUGGUGGAUCCUGCUCAGUUUGCUCGUGCUAACCAAUCAAUCCAGAUGGCCUGCCAGAACUUGGUUGACCCUGGCUGCACCCAGUCACAAGUGCUCUCUGCAGCCACCAUUGUUGCCAAACACACCUCCGCACUCUGCAAUGCUUGCCGCCUGGCAUCCUCGAAAACUCCCAACCCUGUUGCCAAGAGACAGUUUGUCCAGUCAGCCAAAGAGGUGGCCAACACAACUGCCAAUCUAGUGAAAUCGAUUAAGGCUUUAGAUGGAGCCUUCAAUCAAGAGAACAGAGAAAAGUGUAAGGCUGCGACUGGUCCCCUGAUAGAAGCCGUGGACAAUUUAACAGCCUUUGCCUCCAACCCAGAAUUUGCCAGCAUUCCAGCUCAGAUCAGUCCUGAGGGUCACGCUGCCAUGGAGCCCAUUGUUGCAGCAGCAAAGACGAUGUUGGAAAGUUCCACUGGGCUCAUCCAGACUGCGCGUUCUUUGGCCGUCAACCCCAAAGACCCGCCUAAGUGGUCUGUGCUUGCCGGACACUCAAGAACUGUAUCUGACUCCAUCAAGAAACUCAUCACCAACAUGAGAGAAAAGGCUCCUGGCCAGAGGGAGUGUGAUGAUGCUAUCGAGGUUCUGAAUGGCUGCAUCCGUGAGGUUGACCAUGCUUCUCUUGCUGCCAUCAGCCAGCAAUUAACACCCCGAGAAGAUAUCUCUAUGGAGGCCCUCCAUGAGCAGAUGGCUGCCUCAGUUCAUGAGAUUAGCAAUUUGAUUGAACCAGUUGCUGUGGCUGCCCGCUCUGAGGCCUCCCAAUUGGGCCACAAGGUUUCUCAAAUGGUCAGCUACUUUGAGCCCCUCAUAAUGGCAGCUAUCGGCACGGCGUCGAAGAUACUGAGCAGCCAACAGCAGAUGGCUGUCUUAGACCAAACUAAAACUCUCACAGAGUCAGCCCUGCAGAUGCUCUACACUGCCAAGGAAGCUGGAGGAAACCCCAAGGCAGCCCACAUGCAGGAGGCUCUGGAGGAGUCAGUGCAGAUGAUGAAGGAAGCAGUAGACGAUUUGGGGGCCACGCUGGCCGAAGCAGCCAGUGCGGCAGGUGCUGUGGGUGGCAUGGUGGACUCCAUCAACGACGCCAUCAAUAAGAUGGAAGAUGCCCCCACGCUUGAGCCUGAGGGCACCUUUGUGGACUACCAGACUACAAUGGUUAAGACGGCCAAGGCUAUUGCUGUCACUGUGCAGGAGAUGGUGACCAAGUCAAACACAAACCCUGAUGACCUUGGUGGACUGGCCAAUCAGCUGACAAAUGAGUUCGGUAAUCUGGCAAAUGAGGCCAAAUAUGCAGCUGUAACUGCAGAAAAUGAUGAGAUCGGUUCUCAUAUCAAGAAGCAGGUUGGUGAACUGGGUUUCAGCUGCACCGGUCUGGUGACCAAAGCUGGAGCUCUGCAGUGCAGCCCCAAUGAUUCAUUCACCAAGAAGGAACUGAUUGAAAGUGCUCGUAAAGUCUCAGAGAAGGUGUCGCAUGUGCUGGCAGCUCUCCAGGCAGGUAAUCGUGGCACCCAGGCCUGCAUCACAGCAGCCAGUGCUGUGUCUGGAAUCAUCGCCGACCUUGACACCACCAUCAUGUUUGCCACUGCUGGGACACUAAACAGAGAGAAUGCAGAAACCUUUGCAGACCACAGAGAAUACAUCCUAAAGACAGCCAAGGCUCUGGUGGAGGACACCAAGCUUUUAGUAUCUGGUGCUGGAGCCAGUCAGGAAAAACUAGCCCAGGCUGCCCAAUCCUCUGUUUGCACCAUUACCAAACUGGCUGAUGUGGUCAAACUGGGAGCUGCCAGCCUUGGUUCUGAAGAUCCAGAGACCCAGGUGGUCCUAAUCAACGCAGUGAAAGAUGUGGCCAAAGCCCUGGGCAACCUCAUCAGCACCACCAAGGCUGCUGCAGGCAAACCUCAUGAUGAUCCCAGCAUGCUCCAUCUUAAGAAUUCUGCCAAGGUGAUGGUGACUAAUGUUACAUCGCUCUUGAAAACGGUAAAGGCGGUUGAGGAUGAAGCCACGAAGGGGACCAGAGCUUUGGAGGCCACGAUUGAACACAUCAGACAGGAGCUGGCUACAUUCAGCAGCUCGGACCCACCAGCAACGACGACCACACCUGAGGAGUUCAUUCGCAUGACUAAAGGAAUCACCAUGGCGACGGCGAAGGCAGUGGCUGCUGGGAACUCUUGUCGCCAAGAGGACAUCAUUGCCACUGCUAACCUCAGCAGAAGGGCCAUUGCUGACAUGUUACACUCCUGCAAGCAAGCUGCCUACCAUGCGGAGGUCAAUAAAGAGGUCCGGAUGAGAGCGCUGCGCUAUGGAAACGAGUGUGCAACGGGAUACCUGGGACUCCUGGAGCAUGUACUAGUGAUUAUCCAGAAGCCCUCGCAUGAUAUGAAGCAGCAGUUGGCCAGCUACUCCAAAAGGGUCGCAGGCUCUGUCACCGAAUUGAUCCAGGCUGCAGAGGCCAUGAAAGGCACUGAAUGGGUGGAUCCUGAGGAUCCUACUGUCAUCGCUGAGAAUGAGCUGCUUGGAGCAGCAGCAGCCAUUGAAGCAGCUGCCAAGAAACUGGAGCAACUGAGACCCAGGACCAAACCUAAGGAAGCAGAUGAGAGCUUGAACUUUGAGGAGCAAAUUCUUGAGGCCGCCAAGUCUAUUGCUGCAGCCACCAGCGCUCUGGUCAAAGCUGCUUCAGCAGCACAGAGGGAGCUGGUUGCUCAAGGAAAGGUGGGAGCUAUUCCAGCCAAUGCAGUGGAUGAUGGACAGUGGUCUCAGGGUCUGAUUUCUGCCGCGCGAAUGGUAGCUGCAGCUACCAACAAUCUUUGUGAGGCUGCCAACUCAGCGGUUCAGGGACACGCAAGUGAGGAGAAGCUCAUAUCUUCUGCCAAGCAGGUGGCAGCCUCGACUGCUCAGCUUCUGGUGGCCUGCAAGGUCAAGGCUGACCAAGACUCCCAGACCAUGAAGAGGCUUCAGGCUGCUGGAAAUGCUGUGAAGAGAGCUUCGGAUAACCUGGUGAAGGCGGCACAGAAAGCGGCGUUUGAUGCUCAGGAUGACCAAGCAGUGGUGGUCAAGAGCAAGAUGGUGGGAGGUAUCGCUCAGAUCAUCGCUGCCCAAGAGGAGAUGCUUCGCAAGGAAAGGGAGCUGGAUGAGGCCAGGAAGAGGCUGGCCAUGAUCAGGCAGCAGCAGUACAAAUUUCUACCCUCAGAGCUGCGAGAAGAUGGUCAGGAACAGUGAGAGAGUCGGUGGUACAAUGGUGAUUCAUGGAAUGCUCAGGACCUUCACCCAGCAACAUGGAGAGAAAGUGGGGAGGUGGGGGAGCUAAUUCCGCAGCAAUUAUACUGAAUUUGUCCCUCUAGGUCAUUUUCAAAGUGAAAUGUGCUAUAAUACCCGUGUUUUACUUUGAUACAGAAAUAGAUGUAUAUGCCUUAAAUCCUUACAAGUUAUGUAUGCUUUUUGAUAUGUACUGAUUGAUUAUUUACAAAAUAUAGGGCUCACUUUAUAGUUCUUUUUUUUCUAAUUGUGUGGUCUACAUUUUGGAAAUGCCAUAUGCCUUCAUAACUCGAAUUUAGCAUUUAGACAGUUGAAGGUAAGCACAAUUUUAUGCUUUACCCCGAAAUUUCUAUGCAAAGGUUAUGUGACAAAAAAAAAAGUGGCUCAGUGUAUAACUGUGUCAUAAGCACAUGACAAUAUUUGAAUUGAUGGUUAAUGUUUUUAAAAUGAAAGCAGUGACAUUGCAAUGGAAGUGUGGGGGGACAAAAAUAUAUUUUUUACAGAUUUAGCAAUUUAUUAGCUAUUUGACUAUCAUUCGUGUUUUACGGCUAGUUUUUGAAAUUGAACAAGGACAGUAUUUAGUCUUGGAUUAUAUUUGAGAGAGCAGUCAAAAACCAAGAGGCUUGAUAUUUAACAUUUGUAUUCACUGUAUUUGGAUGUGAAAUGAUUAAUUGAACCCUUGCCAAAGUAUUUUGUCUGAUGCAGAACUAAUAACAGUCUACUGUCGGGGAUCCCCAUCGCAGUACAGUUUACGGAUGUCUAUCUAUGCAUUAUUUUGAAGUGACAUCAUUAUUUUCCCUUUACUAAGUCCCGAAUGUUAAAUCACAAUUUUUUUUUCCCCUAGUGUAUAAUUGUUUUUCAAAGUGCCUUUCUAUUGAAUGUAUCAAAUAAUUAAAUACAUUCUCUGAUGCCUGUCAUUUAUCCUCCAACGCACUUAACUCACAUCACUAAGGUAACAGAGCAUCAUAUAAACUCACCAUUGAAAUAAUAUUUGGCACAGCUACAGUAGAUUGCUGACUUAAAAAAUCUGUCAUUUUCAAAAGCCAUUAUUUCACAUUGUGAAGUAUAAUGCUGGUGUCAAACAGUAGCACAUCGCGCUGUACUGAAGCUAUGUAUAUGCAUUAAAGCCAGUUUUCAUUGGA